AUGUCGGCUGAAGUUAUCAAAGUUUGGGCAUCUGGUAAUUCAGAUAAUCUAUUGAAACUUGCACGAGAUAUUGAAGAAAACGAUUCAUGGCGAGGAUUUUUGACAAUUCAGGAACAUGAUAUUUUUAAGUACGCUUUAGAUCAAGGUGGGGAUGUCUGGCACGAAUUCAUUAAUGGAAAUGUCAUAUGCAGACUCGAGCAACACCAAUUAGACGAAGGUUUAAGUAAAUCUAAUGAAUCGAAAGAGCGGCUUGAAAAAAAAUUGCGUUUAUCUAAAAACAAUCCAUUGCCAAAUAUCUCAACCACUGUUUAUACAAAUACCUUAAUCCACCCAGGAAAUACGCUUUCUGAUAUUAAAAAUUCACUUGAUUUAAUGCAAAAUUUAAAUGAAAAAAAAGAGUACUUAAAUCGCCGCUUAUUAAAUCUUGAUCCUGUUACGGUGGCGUUUAGGGUUCGUUAUAUGCUUUAUGAAAAGUCUAUACAACUGAUAUAUCCUUCUCCAGACCCUGAAGUUUCGCCUGAUAUUGAUUACAAAAUAUUUGAAUCAGGCCAAUUAAAUAACAAUAAUUUUCACACUUGUGCUCAAGGUCUUAACCUAAAACCAAAAUUACAAGUAAAAAGAACAAUAGAUGAUGAUGAUGAUUAUGAUGAUGAUGAUGAUGAUGAUGAUGAUGAUGAUAGCCAAAAUGAUGACAUACUCGAUUCAAAUAGUAAUACUGUCCCAAAGCCUUUUAUUCUAGACCCAUCCGGAAAACAUAUUAUUACUAUUCCGAACCGAAUACCUACAGAAGAAGAUCUAAACCGUCGUCGUGAUGCAUUUCGUAUAACGAUUGAUAGAAUUUAUCAUAUUUUUGAAGACGAUGAAGACAACUUACAAAAACAACAAAAACUCGAAGAAUCAGAUCGUCAAAUUGAGUCUGAUAUAUUAGAUUCUAGCUCAAAUUUAGGGAAAUCAAAUACUCAAACACCGACAUUUGGUGCUGCUAAUUUGAGUCUUAAACACUUAUUAUCUGCUAUUCAAUCUAAACAAGACGAUUUAAAUAUAACUGAAAGAGAACUUAGUAAUUUAUUGUCUGACGUCAGAAAGAAUAGGUCUAAGUGGGCUAGCGAAGAUAAGAUUGGGCAAGAGGAGCUUUAUGAAGCAGCGGAAAAUGUGGUUCAAAAGUUAAGAGCAACUACAGAACAUUCGACUGCUUUUUUAAAUAAAGUCAAUAAAAGAGAUGCACCUAACUAUUUUAGUAUUAUUAAACAUCCUAUGGAUCUUAAUACUGUUAUGAAAAAACUUAGAUCAUUUCAAUAUCAAUGUAAAAAGGAUUUCGUUGAUGAUUUAAUGUUAAUAUGGAAUAAUUGUUUAACUUAUAAUACUGAUCCGAAACAUUAUCUACGGCAUCAUGCAAUCGAGAUGAAAAAUAAAACAUUGUCACUAAUACCAUUAAUUCCUGACAUUACAAUUCGAGAUCGUUCGGAAGUAGAGGCUGAAGAAGCUAGAGCUCAUCAACUAGAAGAAGAAAGUGACGAAGAGGUUAGAGGUGAUAUAGGAAAACAUUCUACAAAAGGAAAAAAAAGAAAACUUCAUCAUGAAAUAUCAACUCAAGAUAAUUACGAACUUAAUGGAGCAAGUAAUUUGACGACAAAAAUUCAAACACCAAAUGUCGAAACACCUAAUCAAGAGACAUCUUCAUUUGAUCCAUAUACUGCCUACGAUCAAAACACAAAGUAUGAUCCAGAGUUGAAUUUUGGGAAUUUAGAGUCUCUUUUAUAUCAAGAAAUCUUUGGAACUCAAGCCCUUAAAUAUGUUUCAAAAAGAUCGGAACUUUUUAAAAAUAAUCAUUUACAAAUAGAAAGCCCAGCGUUGAUAAGAGACCCUAGAGCUAUGGGUAAAUUUGAAGAAAAUGAACUUGAUGCCUUUAAGACGUAUGAAGCAAAAGAGGAAGCAAAAGCUGCCCGGAACCCAAUACAUUCACAAAGACGACUAAUUGAGUCAGUUGAAGAUUUAGAAAUUGGGAAAAACGGUCUUUUGGUUGAAUAUAAUACAUCAUGUGGAUUGCCCGAAUUUCCAUGGAAUAUAUCAGUUCAUAGUAAAGAUGAAGGUCUUUCUAACGUUGCUUACCAAAAUAUUAGUGAUUCGAGUUAUGUUACUCGAGAUGGUCUUUCUAAAGUAAUACUUUCAAAUUUGGAAGAGAUACAAAGCAUUAGAAAAAUUUGUUCCAAAGUUGAGCUGAUUCGUCAGAUGCAGCAACAAGUUUAUAUGCAUACCAAUCAGUUCAAGCCAUAUACUAUUCAAAAAAUUAUUGAAGAGGAUGUUGAUUUUGAGUCUCGCCUUCCGAAUCGUGAUAAAUAUGAUAAAUUUGCUUCACGGGCAGCGUUGAGAAGAAAUGUUGCAAAAAUAGUCAUGCACACAGGCUUUGAAGAAACUGAAAUGAUGGCUAUCGAUGCUUUGACUGAAAUUUCUGCUGAUUACCUUUGUAAAUUAGGUAGAAGUAUUGUUCAGUGGCUGGAGUCAAAUAAUUCUAACGAUUUGACGUGUGAAAACAUGAUUUUGACUGUACUAGAAGAAAGUGGAAUUGAAAGUUUAAAUGAUCUUGAUUCUUAUAUUCAUGAUGAUGUGGAAAAGCACUCACAACGGCUAUUAGAUCAUAAAAAGAAGUUAGCAUGUUUUCUAGCAGAUCUUUUAAGACCAGCAGUAGAAUUAACAGAUGGCGAAUUUAAUGAUGGAAGUGAGCAGUUUAUUACAGGCGAUUUUUCUGAAGAAAUUGGAGAAGAUUUUUUUGGAUUUAAAGCAAUGGGCUUAGAAGAAGAGCUUGGAUUAACUUCUAUGUCUGUUCCUCUUCAUCUUUUACAAAAUCGAUCAUUUAGUUAUAACUUUCAUAAUAGUCAGACCAUGCUCAAAAGCCAUUUGUCUCAGGUUCCAGAAUAUGAUGUUAUCGAUGUGAAGGUUGCUGAAGACCAACUCCCACAAAUUAAAAUUUUGCUUUUGAAAAAACUAGAACUUGUUUCAUGUGUAACUACCCUUGAAGAUGGUCGAACGGUUUUACUUGAAGGGGAUCAACUUCCACCGAAACAACGUAAUGUACGACCAAAAGUGCCCCCUACCGGUAAACUUUCUGGAAUUAAACGAAAAUCGCCAUCCAAAGUAUUUUUCUUACCAGAUAAAUCUAAAGAUGAAGAGAAAGUUUUAUUAGGUGAUGACUCAAAGCAAUAA